CUGGAGACAGCUACAAACUUAUUCAGAAAACUCCACGUAUACGUGAACGCUGAAAGCGAGAAAUCGAUUUUUUUUAAAAAAAAGCUGUUUAUACAUAAUUUCUCUUGCGUUUGGCUCUGGGGUUGAUCAGUUUCGGGAGCCACGCUGGCAAGGAUCUCACUAAAGCCAGCAAAAAGAAACAGUGCUUAACCUGCAGCCAUCAGCAUUAUGAAACACACACACACACACAAAGCAAGCGAAAAGCAUUUAUUGUCAUUGUUUUAUUAGCGGUUGGAGAAGGUUAAGAUUGGUGACCGCUGCCAAACCUCUUCUAAAAUAACAUGCGUUCCAGUGCUUUGUAAGGGGAUAUGGUUUUGAUCAUUUUAUGUCCCUUGGAAUUGUGCAGUGCCUCUGGAUUUGGCCGAGAGCUUCAGUGAGCACUGGGAUCUUCAUGCCGAAGUCACCUGCCAACAUCCAGGCUGAAGUCGCCCUUUUUUCUGCCUGACGCAUGGACUUCUUCAAUUCAGGCUCAUCAAAUCUUUGGGGCAAAGCAAGUUUGUGAUUAUAUAAAAGAAAACGCAGAGGAAUCGAUAGAUGUGUUUGGCCACACUGGUUUUGGUGGAGUCGGUGCUAAAUUGAGCUGGAGUUCCUACAAUGUUCCCUCUGGCCCGUGGCUACUGCGUUGCUGUUUUCGGUCUCUGUUUAGGAGGGUUAGUAAUCUUUUCGGAUGAUGCCCGUGGGGACCCCGUGGAAGACCACGAUCACUACCUGCAAGAGAUCAUUUCCAGGGAGCCUUACUACCACCCCGAGGAGCGUCGAAGGAAUCCAGAGGUACCCUUAGAAAGGGAGCCCAAGGCGAAACUAAAGAAGGAAAAAGAGAAACCACUGGGAACGCCAGUCAAAAAUGGCAAGAAAAGAGCUGAGAAAAAAUCCAAUGGAAAAACACCAAAUAGCAAUCAAGAAACCUAUAGAGUGCCUGAAGAAAAGAUUGAGAAAUGUCCUCCUCUGGGCUUGGAGACAUUGCGAAUUGAUGACUUUCAGCUCCAUGCAUCUACUGUCCAGCGUUAUGGUUUGGGGGCUCACAGAGGCAGACUGAAUAUCCAGGCUGGCAUCUUUGAAGAUGACUUCUAUGAUGGAGCUUGGUGUGCUGGUAGGAAUGAUAAUUCACAGUGGUUUGAAGUGGAUGCUAGAAGACUAACAAAAUUCACUGGAGUUGUAACACAAGGAAGAAACUCACUUUGGUCGAGUGACUGGGUGACAUCGUAUUGCGUUCUGCUGAGCAAUGACAGCCACAGCUGGGUCACCGUCAAAAAUGAAUCAGAUGAUAUGAUAUUUAAAGCAAACCAAGAGAAAGAGAUUCCUGUACUUAAUGAGUUUCCCACUCCAGUGAUUGCUCGCUACAUAAGAAUAAACCCUCGAAGUUGGUACGCAGAGGGUGACAUCUGCAUGAGAGUGGAAGUUUUGGGCUGUCCCAUGCCAGAUCCUAACAAUUACUACCACAGGCGAAAUGAAGUCACCACAACAGAUGAUCUUGACUUCAAACACCACAGUUAUAAGGAAAUGAGGCAGUUGAUGAAGAUAGUAAACGAACAGUGUCCAAACAUCACUAGGAUUUACAACAUUGGCAAAAGCUAUCAGGGAAUGAAACUGUACGCCAUCGAGAUCUCUGAUAAUCCAGGAGAGCAUGAAAUUGGUGAGCCUGAGUUCCAUUACUCUUCAGGAGCCCAUGGCAAUGAAGUUCUUGGACGUGAGCUGCUCCUCUUACUGAUGCAGUUCAUGUGUCAAGAGUACUUAGCAGGAAAUCCACGAAUCAAGCACCUUGUGGAGGAGACUAGAAUCCAUUUCUUGCCUUCCGUUAAUCCUGACGGAUAUGAAAAAGCUUGCGAAGUGGGUUCUGAACUCGUAGGCUGGUCUUUGGGACGUUGGACUCAUGAUGGCAUCGAUAUCAAUCACAACUUUCCUGAUCUCAAUUCUGUUCUUUGGGAAGCAGAGGAGCGCAGAAGGGGAUACAAGAAGAUGAAUAAUCAUCACCUACCCCUCCCUAUGUGGUACUUAUCUGAAAACGCCACUGUAGCUGUUGAGACACGAGCAGUCAUUGCCUGGAUGGAAAAAAUUCCAUUUGUUUUGGGUGGAAAUAUACAAGGAGGAGAAUUGGUUGUGACAUACCCAUUCGACAUGACACGGUUUAGCACAAAAGUCCACGAGUACUCUGCCACGCCAGAUGAUCAUGUUUUCCGGUGGCUGGCAUUCUCUUAUGCUUCCACUCACCGACUAAUGACAAAUGCAAAUAGAAGAGUGUGCCACACUGAUGAUUUUGCUAAAGAAGAUGGAACUAUAAAUGGGGCAUCCUGGCACACAGUAGCAGGAAGUAUGAAUGACUUCAGUUAUCUGCACACAAACUGCUUUGAAAUCUCUAUGUAUGUGGGCUGUGACAAAUUCCCUCAUGAGAGUGAACUGCCAGAUCAGUGGGAAAACAACCGAGAAUCCCUCCUUGUUUUCAUGGAACAGGUCCACAGGGGUAUCAAAGGUUUAGUGCAAGAUAAACAAGGAAGAGGCAUUCCAAAUGCUGUCAUAUCUGUUGAAGGCAUAAAUCAUGAUAUUACAACAGCAAUUGAUGGAGACUACUGGCGGCUCUUAAAUCCUGGCGAAUACAAAGUUACUGCCAAGGCUGAAGGUUACUCGAGUGCAACCCGACACUGUGAGGUGGGAUACGACAUGGGAGCAACGCAGUGUCAUUUUGUUCUGGCCAGAACGAAUCUGUCAAGAAUCAAAGAGAUAAUGGAGCAGUUUGGGAAGCAGCCGAUCAAUCUGUCCCUUAAGCGCUUCAGGCGGGUUCGACACAGACGUCGCCAGUUAUAGGAAAUCCUUGUCGAGAAAAAGGACAUUUCGAAAUGAUCACGGUCAAGAUAUUUUAUAUCAAAUAACAAAAAACCUUUUCCAAUUCAUUUAAAAUAACAAGAUGCAGUCAUGUUAUUUGUGGGCACAAUACUCAGUUCAUUAUUUUAAUAUAUAACAUAUGCAACUUUUACACUAUUCAGCACUUUCCUGCAUGAUGUAGUUAGAAAACUUGCCACACUGCUGCAUACAUACAGGAGAACAUUUUACCAGUAUUUUUUGGAAACACUGGCCUUCACUAAUCGACACUACAUAGAUAUGAUUUAUGUAUCUUGAAAAAUACCCUAAAAUCUUCUCAAACUAUUGGGAGUAUUUAGUUUACUGCAGCGUUAUGAGUUGUACUGUAAAAAAUGGAAUCCAAACAUAAUAAAUUGACAGGCAGGAUAAGACCAGCUGGCCCAUCAAGCUUGCCUCAAACCAUGAUGGCUGGACCACCAUGGUUAAACACUUCACAGCACUCCCUGCCACUCUCCCCUGACUGCCAUUGCAUCCACCCCACAGCCAGCUAAACCUCUGCGACUGACAAAAAACACAGGGCCAAUAAGGGGAAAAUACUCUGUAAAACACCUCUCUGACCCUCACAGACAAUCAAAACCAGUUUCAGAGAUCACAUGGACUAAGUGAUAUAUAUAUAAAAGGUGCUUCAACUUGAUGCAAAAAUCUGCCACAGUCAAGAACUAGUCCAGUUCCCUUCUGAAGGCAAGAAGAGAGUCAGUAUCCAUCACACUAACUGGCUAUGUAUUCUGGAAGCUCACAUUUCUCUUGGAGAAGAAGAACUGCCUAAUAUCAGUCUAUUCUUAUCCGUAUUUAAUUUAAACUCACGUCCCCAUGUCCUUCUCAAUCUGUUAAACUGGAAUCUACGCUGCAGAGUAAUUAGGUCAAGGUUCUUGAGUCUAUCUAAGCACCUGAGGUUCUUUGAGCUAGAUAUUAUUCUUGUAAUUCUCCUCUGGAUCUUUUCCAAGGUGACUAUUUCACCCACCAUGUGGGGGGAUCAAAACUGGGCACAGUGCUCUAGAUGUUGUCUGACCAGCGAUCUGUGCUGUGUCAUGGUGGUAUCCUUUGCUUUAUACUGAAUGGUUCUUGUAACAUAACCCAAUGCAUUGAUAGCUUUAGCUUUAGCUUCUCAACAUUGGUCAUGAACCUUCAGUAAUCUUUGCACAAUAGCAUUAAGACUGUUUCUCUCUUAUCUUCUUUCACUAUUGUUCUCCUAAAUUAUAGGUGAAUUCUGUGUUAGCCAAAAACAUGCGCGGGAAAAGAAAGACUUGCAUUUAUAUAGUCCCUUUCAUGACCACUGGACAUCCCAAAGACUUUAUAACCAAUGAAGUAUUAUAUUUAGCUAAAUUUCAUGUCAUUUGUCAAUGUGCGACCCACUCCCCUGGCAUAUCAAAAUCUUCUGGAUCUGAUGGGAUUCCUCUAACUUCUUAACCCUUGCACAGAUGUUGGUGUCAAACUUUCUUGAUUUCAAACUUACUUACCAUGCUCCCAGCACUGCUGUCCAGGUCAGGAAUAAAGACUGUGAAGAGAAACAGGUCCAGGACCACUCCCUGCGGAUCACCGUUAAUAAUAUGCCUCCAAGCUGUUAACAUCUGUUAACUAGCACUUUUUGGCUGUGGGAUUGAAGCAAAUUCCUGAUCCAGUGUUCCCAAUUUCUACCAAUACCACAAGAUUCCAUCAUGUGAAGUAAUUUAGUGUGAGAUAUUUUAUCAAAGGCUUUCUGGAAGUCCAAUUAGACAAUAUCUACCAGAUUUCUCUAAUCAUUUAUCCUAGUAACUUGCAAAAGAAACUUCCUUCAGAUGUUUUUAAAUCUAUUUGAGAUUUGCACUGUACCUCCCUAUUGCUAUUGGUCUGCUCAAGUUAAGUUUGGCAACUUUACUAAAUAAUUAUCGGUCGCAGAAGAGUACAGCCUGAAAGACGCUUUUUUCCUCAUUUACAUGAGGAUGGUUAGGGAGAGUCUACAAGAAAAUGUUGCACCAGAAAUGUUGCAGCCUGUAUUUGCCAAGUGCCCAAUCUCUUAGAACAGCAGUUUACUUACUCACAGUGACUCAAGGGUGUUCAGCAACGAAGUAGGUUACAGACAAAUUAACACAGUGGAUUCUGGUUUGCAAAGUGUUGUUGGCAUUCAGUUUUAUUAGAACAGACACAGGACUCACAAAACUAUCAGCAGUACUAUAUUCACAAGUCUUAUAUCAUAAAUAGAUAAUUCUAUAACAAUGUGUUCAGAUAGGAAGUUAUUCUAUGUGACCUGAAGCAACAACCAAGGGUACAUUUAUAUUGCAGCUGUUGGUUUAAAACCAGUAACUGCAGCACAUGUUUAGACAGGUAGAACUACAUGUACGUUGUCGAACUCCUGCCAGUCUUGUCCAAAAGACAGUUCCAGGCAUGCCUGGAUGCAAGUUUGCGAAAAGCUCUCUUCAAUAGUUAAAUAUUUAAACAUUUUUGCAAGGAGUGGAGAAUCUCCACACUCUAAACAUUUAAAUUGAGAUUUGCUGCAACCACAGUGUGUCUGCAUGGAGUCCAGCAGAUACUCUGAGCAGUGUGAGAUUACUUCAAAGCGUUUCACCCUAUUUUAUUCUGGAGCCAGUUUGGGAUCUGACUUAUCGAAGCUGAAAUCACUUAAAACCCUUAAUAGUUGCAAUGCAAAGGGUUAUUGUAUUGGAGUUAAUAUUCUUCAUCUAGGUGGAUACUUUGGUAAUAAUAUCAAAAUAGCCAAGUUUUUGGUACACGUAUUGAAAUGGUGAGAUAUAACUUUAGUUUUUGUCUGGUAGUUGCCUUUUGGACCUGCCCCAAUGCUGUUUUUCACUGGUCGUGCAGCAGAUAUGUUGUUUAUCAAGGCAAUUUCUGAUCUUUGUUACACAUUCUUCACAAGUGCUGUUACACUAUAGGAAAACAAAUAAGAAAUCUCUUUUGAUCUCUCAUUCCCAUGCUACUUCUCUAAAGGAUAUAAGUAAUAAAUUGAAAAAAACGGAAGCAUUAUUUUACAUUUAAGAUGAAACUUUAAAACCUUAUUGACCAACUUGAACAAUUGAGGCAUCACUUUUGCAAAGAGUUACACAUGUGGCUUUCAGUUUGAUUGCUAUUUCAGUCAUUCUAAUGCAAAAUUAAUUUGAACUGUAGUAAAAUGUAAAAAGCCAACGAGGGAAAGUUCUAACAAGCGGCUUACUGAAAAUGAGGAAUGCAUAUCAACUUACAUGGACUCACAAUAUUCUAUUAUUGGUUAUGGGCACAAACUAUAUCAUUUUGAUUCGUUAAACAAUUGCUGAUUUCAGAGGUUCCAUCCAGAUACCAAAUUCCAGAUUCUAAUUAGACUGAAUCAAAACAAAUUACCUUUUGAUUUCAAAAGUGAAACUGUCAUCAGUAAGUAAAGCAAUAAAUUUGAUGAAUUUGAAACAAUUAAAGGAAAGCAUAAAUAUAGGGAUAACAUACAGGGAUAAUUUUCAGGCUGGCUGCAAGUGGAAAACUGUCCAUUGUGGAUUGGAUGCCCAUUAUACACCUGCCUCUGCCCAAACUGAAAUUUCGACCAUUGAAUGUUACUGCACAUUCACUUUUGUUACUUACUUCAAUCGAAAGGAUGGCCAACCUAAACACAUUUAAAUAUAUUGGAGUCCCUUUUCCAACUGCUGGGUAAACAAUUGCUGUUACACUAUAGGAAAACAAAUUAGAAAUCUCUUUUGAUCCCUCAUUCCCAUGCUACUUCUCUAAAGGAUAUAAGUAAUAAAUUGAAAAAAAGGAAGCAUUAUUUUACAUUUAAGAUGAAACUUUAAAACCUUAUUGACCAACUUGAACAAUUGAGGCAAAGAGUUACACAUGUCUGCGGUGCUCCAUUUAUUACCCAUCCCUUGUUUGCUUGAUGGCAAUAAGAUUCAACCAUGUUGAUUGGGACAGGAAUCACAAUUAGUCCCAGAAAGACUAGGUACGUGUGGCAGUUCCCUGAAGAACAAUAGUGAAGCAAUUGGGUUCAAAAAUUAAGCAGGCCCAAAAUGAAAAUAAUUUUGUCUCCUGAUGCUGCAUUUAGAUGGGUAGUGCAAUCACCCUACCGAUUUUAUGCCCAUUUGGGGCAGAAGAAUGGGGAGGUGGUGGCAUAUUGGCAUUAUCACUCGACUAGUAUUCCAUGGACCCAGGGUAAAGCUCUGGGGACCCAGGUUUGAAUCCCACCAUGGCAGAUGGUGAAAUAUGAAUUCAAGAAAAAGCUGGAAUUAAAAACUCUAAUGAUGACAACCAGAAAUAAUUGCCAAUUGUUGUAAAAAUAAACAUCUGGUUCACUAGUGUCCUUUAGGGAAGGAAACUUGUUGUCCUUACCUGGUCUGGCCUACAUGUGAGUCCAGAUCCAUAGCAAUGUGGUUGACUCUUAAAUGCCUUUGAACAAGGGAAAUUAGGGAUGGGCAAUAAAUGCUGGCCUAACCAGUGACACCCACAUCCCAUGAAUGAAUAAAUGAAAAAAAAGCUGGAGUGGAAGUUGGAAGAUCAUCCCAUAUAUGUUUCUGGAUCUUUUGUUCAUUUUGUGUUGGAGGAUUGACUGUUUUAAAAUGUGGUCCGCUAAAUUCUGACAGCAAUAGUCACUCGCACUUUCAGUAGAAGCAUAUGUGCCCUCAUAAACGUCACUUCUUUCUCUCUCUCCCUCUGUUUUUCCUCCCCCAAAAGUCUUCAUUUCUACCCUUCUUUAACUGGGUGUUCCUCCUUCUAACUCUCUGGACCUUUCUAUCUCUCUGGUAUACCUCUUUUAUAUAGUUAGACUCAACAAUCCCAGUACCACAAGACAGAGAACUCUCGCUCUCUUUCUCUAGUUCUUAAUAUGCUCUUCUUUCCAAUAGCAACAUCCAGCACCCUGUUCUUGUCCCACCAGUCUCUACUUUUUUUCUUCCUACUCCUUGGGCAGUAGCAUAAUAAAAUGAAUAAAACCAGGAUUCCAAUGGAUACAUGUUAUUGGUUUUAGGGACAAAGAUGAAUUUUCCAUUGUACACAAGUUGGAACCACAGAGUUCCCCUUUUUAUAAUUGGAUGUGAAGAACUGUAAUGGUAGCUGCACCUGGAAAAAAAUGGUGGGAUGUGAUAAGUUAGAAUUUGUGGUUGAAUGUGUUUCAGGCAAAAAUUCAAAUUAGCGAGAGCUUUAGUGUCGUAUUCUCGUUGAUUAGCAAAUGUCAAAAAUAACCAAUCAGGAGAGGAACACAAACUUAACUAAUGAGAUAAACGGAUACAAGAAAUUCUAUUUAAAGAUACUCAAAAUCAGUGUCGAAUGGAUAAAAUCUGAGUAUGUCUAAUUAUUUUGUUAGUACCUCUGAUUUUAGAUUUAUGUUCCACAAUUAGAAAUGUGGGCAUUUGAGGAGAUUGCGAGCAGCUAAGCAUACUGGUGUUUUCAUUCUAUUUCUAUGUCCAAAAUGGUAUUAUUUCCCUUCAAUGAAAUGGCACUUUUAAAAAUCAAUUAGCAAUAUUGUAUCACAUCACUUUCGAGUGUUUUAAAUAUUGUUUACAUCCAAUGUUACAUUCUCAUGUGGCAAGUAAUCAAAGCACAAUUUAAACAUUUAUAUAGUCAUGGCUAAGGUUCUAAAUAUGACCUUUGAAGAUAGUACCUUUCUUAUUUCAGCACAGUUGCAUAAUAUUUUUAUAUUGUUGGUGUACACUCGGGUUUAUGGUGGAAACUGUAAGCUGAAUAUCCAUAAUAUUUUUAUAUUUAACCUGCUAGAAUAUAUGUAACUUGUUCAUUCUGUGUUACUUUGUCACUUUGUGCUAAUUUGUUAAUUUGCAGUCAUCUGAGCUCUAGGUGUUCUUGCCUUUAAAAUAAAGCAUUAUAACAU